AUGCCCGAAGAAACCAGAUACUUCACCUUGAGCGGCAACGUCCCCAACGGCGGUGUCCCUCCAGGCAGAACGUUGGCCUCGCUAGCGAACCCCCCAUCCGGACCCGACCCCGCCCACCACCCCUUCCGCAACGGCUACGGUCCCCCACCUCCCUACUCCGGACCGCAAGACAACGCCCACCCCCCACGAACGCUGAGCCCCCAUCCAGGAACCCGCCGCGGGCCCCCCCCGUACCAUCCAACCCUGCACCCGGGUCCCCCCCCCCCGGCCCCACCGUACGAGCCACCGGGCCAGUACCUCGACGGCCACCUCCUCCACGGCGCCGGCUGGUCCUACCUCCUCCCCCCCGGCGAGCACACGACCAUCCACUUCGUCGGCGACGGCACCCGCCCCUGCGACGACCCCCGCCCCCGCCCCUUCGCCUUCACCCGCCACAAAAUCCCCUCCCGGACCCGCGUCCGGGACCUCAUCCGCGCCCUCGGCGCCCCAGAGGGGGACGGCGUCGGCGUCACCCAGAUGCUCGAGCUGGGCGACGGCAGGUUCGUGGCCGGGUUGUCGGUCACGCGGGGGGGGGCGGAUGCGGGGAGGGAGUUGGGGGAGGUCGGGUGGAGGCAGGGGAGGGGUGGGGGGGAGCCGAUUUGGAUCGUGGUUUUGGUGUAG